AAAAAGACCAAGGAUUCGAUGGGAUUCAAAUACACAUAUCUAGUGAUUGGGCUCUCGGCCAUCGCAAUAAAGUGUGACAAAUGCGUGGCGGGCUUAACAAAACAAUUUUGAUAGAGAAACAAACUAAACAAUGCUUACUUCGAAGGAAUACCGAAUCAUGCACGUCAUCAAAAAUUGAACGCGCGAGCUCAAUUUAGGAGACAUGUUAUCAAAUUGAUGAACGAAAUAGGUAAAUCAUUAUCGAUAAAAUAAGCACCAGAAAUAUGAAGUCCACACGUGUAAUCACAAAUUAAUCUAAAUGUAUUUUCACAGUCGGCAUAUUCAGCCAAAAAGAAAAAGUCUCAAGACGUACACAUCCCUGUCGUAAGUCCUCGAGACACGCUACUUCUCAAUGAUUCAUUCAGAGUCUUAUCGACUUUUUCGCGAAUUUCAUUCUUUAUGACCUCGUAAAGUUUUGAAUGAAAACUGAAACAUUGCUAGAUUUGGGUUUACGCACUUUUUCGACCUACGAGGUGUUAAAUAUUUUUCAGUUGAACCACUCUUUAUUGAAAUUUUGUACAUAUUAAUUUUUCAAAAUAAUAAGGUUUUGUGUCUUAUACCAUACAGUCAUAUGGACUUAAGUUUCAUGUCGGUUUUACAUUUCUGAAUUGCAUUUUUCCCAAAACUCAUUUGUCUAAGUAAUGAUUUUCAUGCCGUUUGAUUCAUUCAAAGCGCUGAUAUUUUCAGUAAUUUGUACUUUCGUUAUACCUCAGUUGGUGUCAGGAGGAGCAACCGAAAGCCCUGCUCUGGCCGAACUUCGCCAGGUUCUUGGGGCAUACGAUCCGUGCACCCUUGAGGCGGGAGCGAAAGCGCCCCUCGACGGGCAGAAGCACAAAUGCGCGGAACUAUUCCAGAAGUUCAUCGCCCUGCCGGCGGACCAGCGGUACAACUGCCCCGACGCUAUGGACUCUGACUGCCGAAAAGUAGGCGACAAGUGGAACUGCACGGUCCUCGCGCGUCCGAUGGGUAAAAUGGUCGACGCCUCCGUCUACGAGACGCAGCCCUUAGCCGCGUGUCUGGGCGGCCUUGAGGAAUGGGUCAGUCAACAGGAGGCCCGAGGGAACACGAUCCCGUGGGUCAAGAUACUCAAAGGGAGGCUCUCGCCACCACCGGAAGGAACUAAGUUCACAAUUCCCCCUCAUCUUUAAACCUGGGAAUGGAGGAAUCUGCACUGAAAAUAUAUUUCAAACCCAGGGCUAGGACCUAGUAGAGGUCUUGUCUAGAGUACUUGACAUGGUAACGGGUAUGUCGGGAUACAGUCACCUUUUGGCCACAGUAUCACACGUGCCAUGCAACGUUUCAAAAUUUCCGCCGCCAUUUUAUAUUUUUACAGAGAAAUGGACCGCUAGACAUGGUACGAAUUAGAAUUUAAGCAAUCUGAUACUAGUUUCUUAACCAGAAUGUCACG